AUGGCAGAUUUAGUAUUUGCACAACAGAAUGUUCUGGACAUCGAGGGCCUGAAUUUGGAUGAUUCCGAGCUUCAAUACUUCGAAUCAGAUGUUGAACAUGAGGCAGGCUAUGAGCAUGAUCAUGACCAUGGCCAAAUUGACGGCAGUGGCGUUGCCGAAUUGCCACCUCAUGCAUGUGCGUACUGUGGAAUCCACCUGGCCAACUGUGUGGUCAAGUGUAACACAUGCAACAAAUGGUUUUGUAACUCCAAAAACAAUUCCAGUGGCUCUCACAUUGUGACACAUUUGGUGAUGUCUAGACACCAUGCGGUAUCUCUUCAUGAAGAUUCAGACCUUGGUGACACCACUUUGGAAUGCUACAACUGUGGUAACAAAAACGUGUUUAUCUUGGGGUUUGUAUCUGCCAAGCAAGAGUCCAUUGUAGUGAUCUUGUGUCGGUUACCCUGUGCUCAACAGAAGGAUGUAAAUUGGGACACUUCCAACUGGCAAGCGUUGAUCGAAGAGAGACAGUUUCUCCCCUGGGUAGCAUCCAUCCCAGGUGAAGAGGAACAAAUUGAGGCCAGAAUGGUGACAUACCAACAGAUUGCCAAAUUGGAAGCCCAAUGGAGAUUGAACCGCCCGGAGGCUACAAUUGACGAGUUGGAACUGAAGGAUGGCGAAGAGGAGGAAAUCUUGCCCAUCUUGAUGAGAUACCAUGACGCCUACCAAUACCAGAGAUCGUUUGGUCCCUUGGUGAAAUUGGAAGCUGAUUAUGACAAAAAUUUGAAAGAAUCACAAGCUUUGGAACAUAUCCAAGUGACAUGGGCCUUGGGGUUGAAUAACCGUCAUUUGGCAAGCUUUGCUCUUUCCACUUUUGAAAGUAACGGAUUGAAAGUCGCCACUGGAGAUGAAAUUGUCUUGAGGCAUUCUCUGAUGAAUAUGGAACCUUGGGAGGGUAAAGGUUUUAUUGUAAGACUCCCCAAUAAGUUCCAUGAAACUUUUACAUUGGAAUUGCUUCCUAGUAAAGUACAACCUCCUACUCACUUAACCACUGAUUUCACAGCCGAGUUUGUCUGGAAGGGUACUCUGUACGAUAGAAUGCAACAUGCUCUUCGGGUGUUUGCCCUUGAGAAGGAACUGUGUUCUGGUUACAUAUACCAUAAGCUUUUGGGCCACGAUGUGGAACCUAUUGAAUUUGAUGUCAAGCUUCCUCAAACAUUUCUGCAUCCUAAAUUGACUGAAUUGAACGCGUCACAGGCAAACGCAGUGAGAACUGUAUUACAAAGACCAUUGAGUUUAAUCCAGGGACCUCCAGGUACCGGUAAGACUGUGACAUCCGCCACCAUUGUGUACCAUUUGAUUAAAAUGAACAAAAAUAAAGGAGGUGCUGCUGGAGUUCAAGAAAAAUUGCUUGUGUGUGCUCCAAGUAACGUUGCCGUUGAUCAUUUAGCCGAUAAGUUGGAUUUACUUGGAUUGAAAGUGGUAAGAUUGACUGCCAAAUCAAGAGAAGAUGUGGAACUGUCCACGUCUCACUUGUCACUUCAUAACCUUGUGAAUAAAUCAGCUAAGGGGAAACUCAAGAAAUUGUUGAGACUUCGUGAUGAAUUGGGUGAAUUGAGUGAACAGGAUUCCAAUGCUUUGUUCAAGGCGGUUAGAGCCUCUGAAAGGAAGCUCAUUAGUGAAUGUGAAGUCAUCUGUUGCACUUGUGUUGGUGCGGGAGACCGUAGAUUGGAAAAAAUGAAAUUUAGAACAGUUUUGAUCGAUGAACUGACUCAAGCCAGUGAACCGGAACUUUUAAUUCCAAUGGUGAAGGGAGCCAAGCAAGUGAUUCUUGUUGGUGAUCAUCAACAAUUGGGGCCAGUUAUCUUGGAUAAAAAGGCUGGAGAUGCAGGUUUGAAGCAAUCUCUUUUUGAAAGAUUAGUGGUCUUGGGACAUGUUCCAAUCAGAUUAGAAGUUCAAUAUAGAAUGAACCCAUGUUUAUCUGAAUUCCCAUCCAAUAUGUUUUAUGAAGGAUCCUUACAAAACGGUGUUACUGUCGACCAAAGAUUGUUAGAGAACUCCACAUUCCCUUGGCCAGUAAGAAACCAUCCAAUGAUGUUUUGGUGUAAUUAUGGACGUGAAGAAAUCUCUGGGUCUGGGAACUCAUUUUUAAAUCGUGUUGAAGCAAUGAAUGUGGAAAGAGUGAUCACAAGAUUAUUUAGAGACGGAGUUACCCCUGAUCAAAUUGGGGUUAUCACUCCAUAUGAGGGUCAAAGAGCUUAUGUUGUACAAUAUAUGUCUAUGAACAGCACAUUGGCAGAGAAAAAGCAACAAUAUUUGGACGUGGAAGUGACGUCAGUCGAUGCAUUCCAGGGUAGAGAAAAGGAUUUCAUCAUUCUUUCUUGUGUUAGAGCCAACGAACAACAAAUCAUUGGGUUUUUAAGUGAUCCAAGAAGACUUAACGUUGCGCUCACCCGUGCCAAGUAUGGGAUUGUCAUUUUGGGUAAUCCAAGAGCCUUGAGUAGAAAUGCCUUAUGGAACCAUUUAUUAGUUCAUUUCAGAGAAAAGGGAUGUUUGGUGGAUGGUCCGUUGGAUAACUUGCAAUUGCUGAUGGUUCAAUUGAAUAGUGUCAAGAGAGAUGGUGGUCAAAGACCUGCACAAGCACAAAGAAGAUUAGAUGCAUUUGAUACGGAAAGUGUCGUUUCAUUUGGCGGUGAUCGAACAGGUGGAGAUGGAGCUGGUGGGGUUGUUACUCAAGAAGGAGUGAACCCGGAAAUGUGGCCAGCCCUUGGUUCAUCUAAAUAUUCUUCCAAUUUUGCUCAACUGUUGAACAAAUUGAAUGAUGAAUACGAAAAGAAGGAUGUUGAUGAUGAGAGUAUUCUCAACAUUACUUCAGCAUUUGCUGCUGGUUUGGGCAUUUAA